CUGGUGGUGUCGUCAUUGCGUAACAGGAGUGGACUUUUACGCAAAAGUUGGAAAUGCAUGUUUUUAUAGUGUCGGUAUAUUUUAGAUGAACUUAGAUCAUUCGUAUUGUAGUAAGCGUGUCAUUUGUAUAAAUAUAGUUUUAUAUUACGGUUUCUGCAUUGCAAAUCUCAUUAUCCACCAAAUAUGUUGCUGCCUUUGAGAUUUCGUUCAGUGAGCCAUGUCUCUUCCAUGAUAUGUAGGACAUUAACUUCAGUGUCAGGUGGCCUCCAUGCAGGGGCAAACUAUGUAGACAUAUCUGAAGUGCGAAAUCAGUUAAGAAGUAUUGUGGGUGUGUCUAACAACUGGAGAGACCACCAACAGGCUAUGAAGGACAGAGAGUCACUAAGCUCCUUGCUUGCUAACCAACAAGAAAACCUUCCUGCACGACGAAUGAAGGACAGUUACAUUGAAAUUCUCCUUCCAUUAGGGAGCCAGCCUGAGAUGAGGGAAAAGUACAUCAAUGUAUAUAACAGUGUGAGGUUUGGCAGACUCCUGGAAGAUCUGGACAGUAUUGGAGUUCUUAUCUGCUAUACUCACACCAAAAAUGAAGCUCUCCAGAGGUCUCCAUUGUCAAUUGUAACUGCACUAGUUGACAAAAUUGAUAUGCGCAAGAAGGUAGUGUACCCAGACCGUGACAUAAAAUUCACUGGCAAUGUGUCUUGGGUAGGGAAGACAUCCAUGGAAGUCAAGAUGCACAUGUUUCAGGACCAUGAUGGUGUCUUCAGCCCAGUAUUAAAUGCAACAUUUGUAAUGGUGGCACGGGAUCCUGAGAAUAAAAGGCCAGCGUUCGUCAAUCCAUUAAUACCCGAGGGUCCAGAAGAAGAGGAACUGUUUAGACAAGGAGAGUUGAAUAAGACAAAAAGAGUUGAAAUAAGCACAGCAUCAUUAUUGAAAAUGGCCCCCACUGCAGAAGAAAGGAAGAUCAUACAUGAUAUAUUCUUGAACACAUUAGACACUAAAACUGUAAGUUUUCGGAGUCGAAAUUUACCACCAGAUUCAGUAUGGAUGGAAGAUGCAAAGCUCAAAGGUCUGGAAAUUUGUCAUCCACAGGAGCGCAACAUCUUCAAUAGGAUAUUUGGUGGUUUUCUGAUGAGGAAAGCCUAUGAGCUGGGAUGGGCUAAUGCCUGCACGUAUGGUGGGUCAAGACCAUAUGUAGUGGCAGUAGAUGACAUUAUGUUUCGGAAACCAGUUGAGAUUGGAUCAUUACUGUAUCUUUCAUCCCAGGUUUGCUACACAGAAAACAACUACAUGCAGGUUAGAGUGCACACUGAAGUUUUCAUUCCUGAAACAAGACAGCAUUACACCACCAAUGUUUUCCAUUUUACUUUCUACUCUGAGAAGUGUGUGCCUCAGGUGAUCCCCAAAACCUAUGGAGAAUCAAUGUUGUAUUUGGAUGGAAAACGCCAUUUUGGUAACGCUGUUAAUGGUAAUGAACUGCAUGGAUUAUGAGCCUGAGAAUAUGAACUGGGACAUUUCCUUCUGACGUGCUAUGCCAAAACAUACACAUUAUUACCACCUUGCAUCACUAAUACGUCAUUAUAUCACUGAAGAGAGAAGAGUAUGAAUCAUGGCUAGCUAACCAUAAAACCACCACAAACUUUAAAGGAUUAUGCUGUUACAGUGUGGAAUUUGCACUCCUGCUUAGCACCAACACCGGUAGUCUUGUUUGCAAAAUGUAGUCAUGACAUGUACUACAGAAAAUCAGCUUCCAAAAACCUGUCUUCCUUUGAGAUUAAGUUGCCUCUCCUUUGCGUAGAGAAAAAAAAGGACUGCUGUUUGUUUCAAAUACUCUUGUCUAGAUUAAGAAUGUAAAUCAUCUUUUAAGAGGAUGUCUUUUCUUGUGUAACCAAAUUUUGUCACGAGCAAAAAGUUUUAAACUUUGUAAAGUGUUAUUUUGCAUUUUAUUGUGACAGUAUAUUACUACCAUAUUUCUGUAUAAAAUGAUUUUAGAUGAAAGCUUAUAAAUGUAUAUUUCUUUUUC